AACAUCUGGGCGGUGUCUGUCUUUCCGCUUGUUUCCGACCCGAUUUUAGUGGACUGACUUUUAUUUUUUUAUUUUUCCUCUCCUUAUCCUCUUUGCUCCCCUUCUUAAAUUUCCCGAAACAAUAGUGACCUUAGACAUUGUCUGAAGAUUUUUUUUACUCAUCUGCGCUUGCACCACCCUCCCAGUUCACCGGCAUCAGUCGGCCGUGAAUCUCGAUCCGUCGCGCGUGGCUCUCGUGUUUUUCUGUUUUUAUCUUCUUUUUAUAUUAAAAAAUAAUUUUUGGCAAAGUUAGAAAAGUGAAAGUGAAACAUUUUUUACCAUGAAAUGGUAAAAAUGGUACAUUCCCUGUAAUAGAAUGACAAUUCACUUUUUAUUAAUUUUGGGAAAAAGUUUAUGAAUACAUCAUUUGAAAAAAACACGUGGUCACACUUAAAAUACCUAUUCGGUUUAAAAAAAAACUUUAAACAUUUAUUUGAGAAAAUAUCUUUAUUUUUAAACUGCAUUGCAUUAGAAAUUAGAAUAUGUCUCGUCAUAAAAUUAAUGUUUUUUAUCUGCGCAAGAGGAGAAAAUUGAAUUUCAAAAGAAGAUAGCAGUAGGGAAUUUAUAACUAAAGGAAUAAAUAAACUGAAUUGAUUUCAAAUCAAGCUAAAUGAUUAAUUUUCAGAUGUGUGUUUUAUUAUCGCUGACGUAUAUUUAUUUUCCAUGGAAAAUAAAUCUAUUCUAUUUCUAUUACUACUGAAAUUUUUUCUAAUAAGAUGUAAAAUGGUAUUAAGUAAGACUAAAAUUUAUUUGUACUCUCGUUUGUACUACUAACUUUUGAAUACUAAAAUAGUACCGAUUUUAGGUAUUAAAAUAGAACCAAAAGGCAAAUUUAAGUGGGUAUUAAAUUAAUACCUUUCGUUUUACAGUGAACAGAAAAGUGAUGAAAUUCAAUUUUCAUGGAAUUACCAUAAAGAGCAUAAAUAAUAUAAAAAUGCGGGUUUUCCUUCAAUUGAGACGCAAAAGAACUAAGCGAUAAUAAACAAAUAUGGUUCCGACGUGGGAAUUUUUUAUUUGUAUUACAUUUGUCAUUACAAUUUCGAAUGGUUGGAGUGCAAACUUGAGAACAGGGCACGAGCAUUAUCGAAAUGAUAACAACAACAACAACAACAACAACAACAACAACAAGGAAUCAAUGCCAAAAUUAACGGUGGGCCUAAUUGUCCCGCAUACAAGUUUUGGUGCACGCGAAUACAAUCGUUCUAUUAGCAAAGCGGUGACGUCACUCUUCAAAAAUCGCAUCGGCCAAACGCGUAGAUAUGAUUUUUUGAAAAAAUAUGGAUUUUCACCACAUGAAGUGAGAACUAUAAUGAUGCGUCUUACUCCAAGCCCAACAGAUAUUCUGGAUUCUUUAUGUAAAGACUUUCUCAUGUUCAAUGUAUCUGCUAUCCUUUAUCUCAUGAACUAUGAACAAUAUGGGAGGAGCACGGCCAGCGCUCAAUACUUUUUACAACUGGCUGGAUACUUGGGAAUACCUGUGAUAGCUUGGAAUGCUGAUAAUUCGGGUCUCGAAAGGAGAGCCUCGCAGAGUAGUUUGCAGCUACAAUUGGCACCGUCACUCGAGCAUCAAACUGCCGCCAUGUUAAGUAUUUUGGAACGUUACAAGUGGCAUCAAUUUAGCAUUGUGACAUCGCAAAUCGCUGGUCAUGACGAUUUCAUUCAAGCAGUAAGAGAACGUAUUUCCGAUAUGCAAGAUACCUUCAAGUUCACUAUCUUAAAUGCCGUCCAGGUCACGAAGCCUCAUGAUCUUCUCGAACUAGUGAACAGUGAAUCAAGGGUAAUGCUUCUGUAUUCGACCCGUGAAGAAGCAGCACACAUACUCAAAGCGGCACGUGAUCUCAAAAUAACGGGGGAAAAUUACGUUUGGGUUGUUACUCAAAGCGUCAUUGAGAACCUACAAACACCACAUCAAUUCCCUGUUGGAAUGCUUGGCGUUCAUUUUAAUACGAGCAGUUCAAGUUUGGUGAACGAAAUAGCAACGGCUAUAAAAGUAUAUGCUUAUGGAGUAGAGGAUUUUGUGAACGACCCUGCAAACUCAAAUCUUGUUUUAAACACACGUCUGAGUUGUGAUGGUCCCGGGGAAUCAAGAUGGGACACUGGAGACCGGUUUUUCAAAUAUUUGAAAAACGUCUCAGUGGAGGGAGAUCCUGGCAAACCAAACAUCGAGUUCACGCAAGAUGGUGUUCUAAAAGCUGCAGAAUUAAAAAUAAUGAAUCUUCGUCCUGGAGUGAGCAAGCAACUUGUUUGGGAGGAGAUCGGAGCAUGGAAAUCAUGGGAAAAAGAGGGUUUAUAUAUAAAGGAUAUUGUGUGGCCGGGAAAUACGCAUACACCCCCUCAGGGUGUUCCCGAAAAAUUUUAUUUAAAAAUCACAUUUUUGGAAGAACCUCCUUACAUAAAUUUGGCACCUCCAGAUCCAGUGACUGGCAAGUGUUUGAUGGAUCGAGGAGUUCAUUGCCGUGUUGCUAAAGAAGCUGAUAUGGCUGAAAUGGACAUGCAAUCUGCUCAACGAAAUGAGAGCCUUUAUCAGUGUUGUAGUGGAUUUUGUAUUGAUUUACUUCAAAAAUUUUCCGAGGAAAUUGGUUUUACGUACGAACUUGUCAGAGUCGAGGACGGUAAAUGGGGCACUUUAGAGAAUGGAAAAUGGAAUGGACUCAUAGCUGACUUGGUGAAUCGAAAAACGGAUAUGGUGAUGACGUCUCUGAUGAUAAAUUCGGAUAGAGAAGCAGUAGUCGAUUUUACAGUGCCCUUUAUGGAAACGGGUAUAGCAAUUGUAGUUGGGAAAAGGACAGGCAUCAUUUCACCCACAGCAUUUUUAGAACCUUUUGACACGGCUUCCUGGAUGCUGGUUGGUUUCGUAGCCAUACAUUCUGCAACUUUUAUGAUUUUUUUCUUCGAGUGGCUCUCACCAUCCGGUUUCGACAUGAAGGUAAACCCUUCAGGCGCUGCCCGGAAACUGACAAAUCCACCACCUACUCAUCGAUUUUCAUUGUGUCGAAUCUAUUGGUUGGUUUGGGCCGUCCUUUUCCAAGCAGCCGUCCAUAUUGAUUCACCAAGGGGAUUUACCGCCAGGUUUAUGACAACUACAUGGGCAAUGUUUGCCGUGGUUUUUCUUGCCAUAUACACUGCCAACUUGGCGGCAUUCAUGAUAACAAGAGAAGAAUAUUACGACUUUUCAGGAGUGGACGAUGUUAGGCUUUCAAAGCCAUGGUCCCAUAAACCUAUGUUCAAAUUUGGCACUGUCCCUUUUACUCAUACAGAGAGCGCUCUCUCGAAAUACUUUAAAGAGAUGCACUCUUACAUGUCACUUUUCAAUAGGUCAAGUGUUGCCAAAGGCAUCGAAUCUGUGGAUAAUAGGGAAUUGGAUGCCUUCUUUUAUGAUGGUACCGUGCUCGAUUAUCUCGUGGCACAGGAUCAAGACUGUCGUCUUCUAACUGUUGGUUCUUGGUACGCGAUGACCGGAUAUGGUCUUGCUUUUCCCAGAAAUUCCAAAUAUCUGCAAAUGUUUAAUAAACGUUUGUUGGAUUAUCGAGAUAAUGGUGAUUUGGAGAGACUCAGGAGGUAUUGGAUGACAGGUACAUGUAAGCCAGAUAAAGAAGUUCAAAAAAGCAGUGAUCCUUUGGCUCUGGAGCAAUUUUUAAGUGCAUUCCUAAUGCUCAUGUUCGGCUUUUUCGUUGCCGCUGUAUUAUUAUUGCUCGAAUAUUUAUAUUUUAAGUACAUUAGACAUCAUCUCGCAAAAAGUGAUCGAGGCGGAUGUUGUGCUUUACUCAGUCUGAGUAUGGGCAAGUCGCUGACCUUUCGUGGCGCUGUUUAUGAAGCCCAAGACAUUCUCAAGCAUCAUCGAUGUAGAGACCCUAUUUGUGAUACUCAUUUGUGGAAAGUCCGACAUGAACUAGACAUGGCAAGGCUUAGGAUACGCCAGCUAGAAAAGGAUCUUGAAGUGCACGGGAUUAAACCAUCCCAAGCCAAGAGGAAAACCGGAAGUCUCAGCUGGUGGCGAGGAUGCUUGCAAACCUCGGAAUACCCAUCACAUGCCGAAUCACUAACAGUCGAAGCACCACAUCCGUUACCCCCAUAUUUUGAUUCGUUUGUCGACGCUGUUGAAGUAUCUAAACCGAGGGACAUGACCAAAACGACCAUUGUAAACACAGAAUACGAUGAACGUUUUUUACCUACUGAAAUUUACAGAUUUCCAGACGAAGACACGACAAUUACUGAAAUCGCGGAAAUUGAAACUGUUCUGUGAUGCUGGAGUCUGGCUUUUGACAGUUUCCGUUGAAAACAUAAGAAACGUUUUAUGAGUUCUUCUUUGAAACUGAUUUCUGAUAAGAAAUUCAUCGCUUCAAUGGAAAUUUAAAACAAACAUAAAAUGUACCUCACUUAAAUUAUAUAUUGCGAGGAACAUUUUUUUCAAGUAUGUACCUUUAAUUCAAGAAAAAAUUUCUACGGAACACCGAUUUGCAACAUCGAGCAGCCAUUUUCAUAUUUGGCUAUAUUAUUAAUUAUAUACGUAAAUACUGUGUAUGAAUGUUUUAUUAAUGUUUCAAAAUAUUAAUUCUCUGACAUCCAUUGCAUUAUAAAAAUUUCGAUUAGAAUUGCGAUGGCAAAAGGUUAUCAAGAAAAAUAUGAUAUAAUUCAGUGCCUCCACUCAUUCCUAAAAAAAUGUGCAUUUCAUUAUAGAAUCAUCAUUUUAUAAAAGUAAUCAGUAAGCAUUUCUUUUCAUGUUCAUUUUCAGUUAUUAAAAACAAAAGGUUUUUAAAUAAGGAUAUGAAAAGAUAAAUUUUAUAACUGCCAGGGGGAGCGAAAAUUUCUAACAAUUAAUUAAUUAUUAAGUUAAUAUUUUUUGAGAAAAUUAUUUGAAAACUUAUAUUUUAGCUAUAUAUAGAUGUAUUAAUAAUACAAUCAACAAUAAAAUUGAAUAGUUCUGUUGAAAAAAGAGAAUCAAUAGUAAGAAAUCAAAUUUUUUGAAAUGUUCAGAAAAGAGAAAGAUAAUUAAUAUGUUAAAUAUUGGUGGCUAAAAUUGAUGUGUACCAUACUAAAUAAAUAUUAAAUUUAAAUCUAUGUUGGAUAAAGAUCACACAGUAAUAUACAUAUUAUACUGAGAAAAAAAUAAAUAAAUAUAUUUAAUAUACUAAAAUAAAUAUACAUAUAAUAAAAAAAUAUCUUGGUCAACAGUCAGAUAUUCUAAAUGAUACUUUGCAAGGUGAAUCUGCUCAAAACGUAGAGAAGAGAUUAACAGUUGACAUUAAAGAUCUAUUCAGCUGAUACAAUUUUUCCUUUGCAAUUUUUUUCGUUUUUAAAUUUUUAAAAAAAAUUUUCCUCUCCCCCCAGUUUUUUUUCGUUUUUUUAAAUAUUGCAAAAAAUUUUCUCUAUAAAAAAGACUUUCCGCCUCUCAAAAUUCUUUUUUUUAUUCUUUUCUCCUUGCAAAAACUUCCCCUUCUCUCCAUGAAGUUUCUCACCCUACCACUGAUGCACCUACCUUAGUUAAUUUAAAAUUUUUAAUCGAAAAUUCUUUUUUUUAAAUAACUAAAACAAAAAUGGGAAAAUUGUGUCUCCUGAGUGAACUUAUAUUUAUCGUAUGCCGUUCAAUUCUAUUGGAAAAAGUGUUUUUCUUAUUGAAACGGUACUCGAUUUAAUUCGAAUUUACUUGUCAAGGAGAAAUAUUUCUCCAAUGGGGAAAAUACGUUGGUAGUCUUAAUGAGAUAUUAUGUGAAAUAUUAUUUAUAAGUGGUUAGCUAUUAAAAACUAAAACAGUUUAAGACAUAGUACCUCAAAUUUUAAUGUAAUAAAACUAAGUGGCUGGUGAUUAAUCAUUAAACAAUACUCAGUUAAUUAUCACCGAGUAAUAAAGAAGACUGCAGAUUUGCGAGCUUAAAAAAAUUUCUGUAAAAAUAUCCAUUUUUGAGUACACAAAAAAUAUAUACUUCUUUUUGAUAAUUAAAUCAAUUAAUUUGAAAAGAUUUGUUCUUUCUACUUUUCUUAAAUUCAAUAUUUUAUCGUAUAUUUCUUGUUUCAUUAUUUUUUAUAUUUGACUUAAUUAUAUGAUUAUUUUAUUUCAUAAUUCUUGAUUUUCAUUUUUUUUUCUGUUUCUUUUAAGGGACGUUUCAAGUCAACCGUCCCAGAGCUCUGUCCAAAAUUCUAAUCUAUAAAAAUAAACAUGCAAUAGAUUAAAAUCCUCGGAAACUAAUACCCUUUUAAUAAAAACGUGGCAGAAUUCAAAAUUCAAAAUAGUGUAUUUAUGCUACCGCUUUAAAGAUGCUGUACUCGUGAAUGAGUAGCGAUCCCGAAACUUCAGAUUCGUAAUCAACAACCACCAAAACCCGCGGGCAACAAGUUUCAAGCGAAUUCAAUAAAUCUUUAAAAAUUCGUCCGCCAUAUUUGAUUCGCCUUUUUAAAAUUUAAAAAUUUUGAAAAUCUGACUUCGGAUUCGUAAUCAGCGACCCAAAAAACAUUAAAAUAUGUCAUGACUUAAUAUUUAUGCACUAUUUUUAGAAAGAAAUUAAUAUACGUAUACUCACUUUUUUUUGAAUACAGUAUCUUUAAAGCGGUACCAUAAAGACUCCAUUUUGAAUUUUCAAUUCUGACACGCGUUUCUGUUGAAAGGGAAUUAGUUUACGAGUAUUUUGAUCUAUUCCAUGUUUAUUUUUAUUGAUUAGAAUUUUGGAUAGAGCUCUGGACCGAUUGACGUGAAACGUCACAUAUAUAAGAAAAUUUUGUUUAUAAAAAACAGAAAAAAGGUACACUGAAACUUUAGAACCUCGCAUUUCUGAAAAUAGUUGGGUUUUAGCCCGAUCAGUUUUUGAAAUUUGUGUUUUAUUUUUCUAACAAAGAAUUUUAAAAAAGUGAAAGUUUUCAAAGGAGAAUCAUGAAGGUGUCUUGUAAAUAAAUAAAUAUAUAUAUAUAUAAUUAAAGGAAAAAUAUUAUAAAUUUAAACUGUAUCUCGUGUAUCAAGUAUUUCAAAAAUAAUAAUAAUAAUAAUUUAUUGUAAAAUUAUGGAAUUUUAUAUAUAUAUAAUGUUGAGAGAAAAGCAAAUGUCAAAUGAAAUAACUCUAAUGAAAUGCUUCCAAGAUUCACAAGAUUUGCAAAAAAAAAAAAAUAAUAACAUUUUAUUGAAUCAAACAAUUAAUAUAUGCAUGUCAGAGUAUGUUGUUAAGUCAGAACACGUUGUUAAUAUUGUUGUUAAAAAAACAUAAACGUUACAUUGUUAAGUCGAGUGCCGAAUACAAUUAUCCUAGAAUUUUCAAAGAAAAUAAGUUUUUAAACUACCAUAAUAUUAUUAUGUUUUUAAAUUUGAAAAAUAGAGGUAACAUUUUUCAAAAUGGAAAUAAAAAUGUAAUAAAUUGAAUAGGAAAAAUUAAUUUUUUUAUUUAAUACAAAAAUAAUUUUGUUUUCUUUAUAUAUUAAUUGAAAAUUAUUAUAAAUUUAUUAUUUUUAAAAAUUUAAUAUAAAAUUUCAUCCUAUACAAUAUAUUUUUGGAGAAUUAAUUAAGAAUUAUACAAUAUUAUGUAAAAUUAAGUAAAAUCUGUAUUAGUUCUCAUGUUCUUCGUAUUUCAAACUGACUUACCAGUUCUAUUAUUGAUAUAAUAUGAUGAAAAAUCAUCAAUCUCAUGCUAAAUAUGAUAAAACAGAUUUUUUAGUUAUGUUCGAAAAAUUUUAUUCACCUCUCAUAAACUUGAAUGGAUAAUGUUGAGAAUGGAAUAAAAAUUGGUCCACUGCAGGUAAAGCAGUUCUAAUCUUUCAUUUGUAUAUCUCAUCAUCCUCGGAUGCUGUACCGACUGCAAUCGCACUCUACAGUGCUAAGAAUUGACUCACUUAUCAAUUGUUGAUGUACAGUUUUGUUAAAAACGAACUUUUCAUUUUCGAUAGAGCUCUAAUUUAUUAAUUUAUGAGAAUCUAAAAUUUUUAAUACAUAUUUAUCAAUAAUAUUUUUUUAUAUGGAAUUCUAAUUUAUACUUAAAACUUGAGAUUUUUUAAAAUUAAUAAGAAAUUGCACUGAUUAAAAUUAAAAUCUCUAAUCAGUUACUUCUACAAUUCCACUAUUUUACUUUACAAACAUGUAUAUUUUUGAACAAGAACCCUCCAAUCAUAAAAUAUUUUUUUGAUUCUACUUACAUUUCUUUUUAUUAAAUUUAAAUCAACGGCUUUAAUAAUAAU